AUGUUUCGCGCACGCAUUCGAGGUGUAGGCUCCCUCCUCUUCCUCGGCCUUCUUCGCCCCUUUCUCGUACACGGUCAGGACUUUGAUAUUCCUCCCACUUGGCAUAAGCCAAAUUCAACCAUACCGCGCUCCGAGCGCCUUGCAAGGGCUCAAGCCGCGGUCGAGUCUUUGGUACCAAGCUUCGAUGCCUCAAAUGGCACCGUCCCUCCCCUUAACGUUUGGGUAUCGGCCAAUCUUCUGGCGAGCAUUGCGCACCUCGACUACCUUUCAGAAUCCCAAGAUUACCAUGAUCUUGUCAAGAGCAAUAUGGCCGCGUUCCAGAACUCUAAUCGUGCAUUUAUGGAAGUUCCGAAAAAUUCCACCAGGGAUCCCAUUAUGUGGGGCUUGGCGGCAUUCUAUGGCUCCCGCGCAUACAACGAUACAGAUUUGCUGGCGAUUGCGCAAGGUCUCUGGAACACGGUGCAGCAAUUCGUUGUGUCCGCUCAAGAUGCAGCGGCGGGGACGCAGCAUUCUAGAAACGGGACUUUCACGUCGCACUGUAUAGCGAAUUCUAACGAAACGCCCGCCGGAGCCGUAUUCUGGUUGACGACAUCAACGGAUUUCAGAACACUCGGAGAGUCUGUCUCAGCAUACGUAGCAUUAUCUGCACACCUCUGGAAGGCGACAGGAAACAUGACUUAUCUCAUGUCCGCCAAUCAGUCCGCUCUGUUUAUGUAUACGUACAUGUGGGCGGGAGGUUCGAGCUCGCAUCCAGACCUUUUUUGGGACGGAUGGGACCUUCAACAGUGCCAGGUGCCUUCCGACCCGAUCGGAUUUUACUCGUAUGAUCAGGGUUUCAUCAUGGAGGCUCUAACAGUUCUCGGCAAUGCGCCGCUACCAAACAACGCGUUUUGGACGUCCCUCUUACAAACACUCGUCGCUUCUACCAUACCCUAUUACCAGUGGACCAGCGAUACAGGCGUCAUGAACGAGACUUCCAACAUAAAUUUUAACGAUAACGAGAUGCAGCUGAUCUACAAAGAUGUUUUCAUCCGCGCUCUCUGGGAGAUCUGGUCGCAGACCAAUGCAACGGAGCCCAUGGCCAUGUACAUACAAGCGUUCAUCAUGGUCCAAUAUAAUGCAUUACUUGAGCUUGCUGGCGACGGGGACGUGUACUCCCCACUCUGGACCAGCGAUGUGAAUAUCCCCCUGCCGAAAGCCUGGGGCCAAUUGGAGGCGAUGGCAGUACUCAAUACGGCUGUAGCUUUGCCUCCAACGUCAAACUCCUCUUCAAGUCCGCCCUCAGGUGUAACCAGUUCACCCCCGAGCCCGAGCACAGGUAUCCCAUCGCCCUCCUCCUUGUCCGGAGGUGCGAUUGCCGGCAUCGUGCGGCGCUCAAGACGUGAGGUGUCGGCAGCGUCCAAUGCCCGACAUCCCGAGAACGAUGAUAUGACGGUCAUUAAUCCCUUCAGGCUGUCGGGACCGCGGCCGAUGCCGACCGACGGCACGAGGUCUUCUAAUGCUCAUGGUGAUCUUCCUGCGAGAAAAGAUAGGCCAGGUUAUGGACUGGCUGAAGUCGCAGAGCCUUCUCAGCCAUCACAUUCGACGCCACUGCCGGCUGACAUUUCCACGGAGACGGCGCCACUCGAAGAGCUCAGCGAGACGAGCAUUACGCGCCUAGUAAAUCAGCUCAUGAGACGGAUUCAGGCGCAGGAGAACCCCCCUGCGGUGUCGGCGGAUGUGAAACCCGUAUCGCUCGCUGAGGCGCAUCUCGUGCCGAUACACCCAUUGUUACCCGUGGAUGCGCCGCCACCGGCCUCUUCAGCUGAAGUGCUCGUCUCGUUCGAGUCACUGCCUGAGGAUGGCGCAUUCGACACUCAAUCCAACGAUAGCGCGUCAAUGGAGCGCAUCAUCGGGCGCAUCUUCGCGUGGACAUGUACUACGCGCUAUCUCACAUCUCGCCUACCACAGAUCUGGAAGAACUACGUGAGGAAAUCCGUUGAGGGGCUAUCCGUAUUCCUCUUCAUCUUCGCUUUCCUCGGCAACUUCUUCUACGUCUUAUCUAUCCUCACCGCGCCCAACAUGUCCCUUCCACCUCCCGAAGCAGCCGCUUAUCUCAAGGAGAGCAUACCGUACUUAUUGGGUAGUGGUGGCACGCUCAUGUUCGAUGUCACCAUUGUCUGCCAGACGAUGCUGUAUCGCCCAAAAGCGGCCAUACAGGCGCGCCGUAGUUCGCUCAGUGGAGGCGUUGAUGAGCGCGAGUGCGGACAUCGACGUCGCUACACCGAGGCGGCAGGUCGUUGGCGCGGAUGGCGCUUGAGGGUAUAG